AUGACAUAUAAAGACGAAACUCUUGCCAUACAUGCAGGCUAUGAACCAGAAGCAACCACUAAAGCGGUAGCCGUUCCAAUUUAUCAGACUACCUCUUAUGCCUUUGAUAAUACCCAACAUGGUGCGGAUUUAUUUGACCUCAAAGUUCAGGGUAAUAUUUAUACACGGAUCAUGAACCCAACGACCGCUGUGCUUGAGCAACGUCUGAGUGCGCUUGAAGGCGGUAUUGGUGCUUUAGCAUUGGCUUCGGGUAUGUCUGCGAUCACCUAUUCUAUCCAGACCAUUGCAGAAGCGGGUGACAAUAUUGCAUCGGUUUCAACACUUUAUGGUGGAACAUAUAAUUUAUUUGCCCACACUUUGCCCAAACAAGGCAUUGAAGUGCGUUUCUUUGAUUACCAAGAUCCUGAAGCAUUGCGCGGCUUGAUUGAUGAAAAAACCAAAUUGGUUUUCGUUGAGUCGAUUGGCAAUCCGCUGGGUAAUAUUAUUGACCUAGAUGCCAUUGCUAAAAUCGCACACGAAUAUGGUGUACCCGUGAUUGUGGAUAAUACCGUUGCAACACCUGCCCUACUGAAACCUUUUGAACAUGGUGCAGAUAUCGUGGUGCAUUCAUUGACCAAAUAUAUUGGUGGUCAUGGUAAUUCAAUUGGUGGUGCGAUUGUCGAUAGUGGUAAAUUCCCUUGGGGCAAAUAUCCCGAGCGCUUCAAAGUCUUAAAUACCCCCGAUCCAAGUUAUCACGGGGUGAACUAUGUAGAAGCUUUAGGUGCUGCGGCAUAUAUCGCCCGUGCACGUGUUGUUCCAUUAAGAAAUACAGGCGCAGCGAUCAGCCCGCUCAGCGUAUUCUUAAUUUUACAAGGCUUAGAAACACUGAAUUUGCGUAUGGAACGCCAUACUGAAAAUGCACAAAAAGUUGCUGAAUAUUUACAGGCACAUCCAAAAGUAAAAUGGGUCAACUACGCAGGUUUAAAAGAUCAUCCACAACAUGCUUUGGCACAAAAGUAUGUCAAAGGUAAACCGUCUGCAAUUCUGUCUUUUGGUGUUGAAGAUGGUCGUGAAGGUGGCACCCGUUUUAUCGAUGCAUUACAGCUGUUUACGCGUCUGGUGAAUAUUGGUGAUGCAAAAAGUUUAGCCUGUCACCCAGCAACUACCACGCAUCGUCAACUGAAUGAAACAGAGCUAAAAGCAGCAGGCGUGAGUAUUGAUAUGGUGCGUUUAUCUGUGGGGAUUGAACAUAUUGAUGACUUGAUUGCAGACUUAGAACAAGCACUUGCUCAAGUGUAA